AUGUCGCAUAAUAUCACCACUCUAGUAUCGUCAACGUCCGCAACAGAUGUAACCGAGCCCAUAGCCACCAACAACAGCACAGAUAAAAGACGUUCAUCCACAGACACCUUCCGUUCAAAUACGCGUUCCCCAGCUCACAGUAACGGCACAAGCUUGCCCAAUAUUUCUCGAAGUAGAAGUGUAUCUCCAGACAAUCUAAAGAAGAUGAAUAGUUUCAGUCCUAUAGCACGCACAUCACCAGAGCCAUCGCCCAGGAGUGACUCGCUCGCUGGACCUGGUAGCUCAGCCAGGGCGCGAGCACACCGGCUGACGUCGCAACCGUAA